AUGGAGAUCCUCACACCGACCCCUGCCUUGCCCUUCCGGGACCAAUUACCGGAAUCCCUCCCGAGCGACACAUUCACUAUCAAGCCCGAUUUCAAGCUGCCCCCAAGUCCCGCAGACACCAUCAAGGAAGACCGCAGUGCAAGCGUCGAUGGUGAAGCUGGCGAGUCCAGUUCAUUAUGUCUCUUUGAAGAGCUCGAUGCCGAGAGGCCCCGCGUGUACCCCCUACCUCCCACGCCAACAGUCAACCAAGUCCUGCCACAAGACUUGAAGACACCAGACAGCCACGUUACAAGAGACCCGAGGCUCAUCCGGCUAACGGGUGUCCACCCGUUCAACGUCGAAGCGCCUCUUAGUGAUCUCUACGACCAAGGCUUCCUUACGAACAAGGACCUACACUACGUCCGAAACCAUGGCGCUGUCCCGAAGGUCGAGGACCAGGAUUUGCUUGACUGGGAAUUCACCGUGGAAGGCAUGGUCGAGAAGCCGAUCUCGAUGACUCUGAGAGACCUCAUCACCGAGUAUGAGCAGAUCACUUACCCCGUCACCCUCGUUUGUGCUGGCAACAGGCGAAAGGAGCAGAACGUUGUCCGCAAGACAAAAGGCUUCUCUUGGGGCGCUGCUGGCCUGUCAACCGCGCUCUGGACCGGUGUGUCCCUCGGCGACCUUCUGGCUCGUGCUAUGCCCAAGAGGGGCGCUCGCUAUGUAUCCUUUGAGGGAGCCGACAAGCUGCCCAAUGGAUACUAUGGUACUAGCAUCAAACUCAACUGGGCCAUGGAUCCCAACCGCGGCGUCACUGUCUGCUACCGCAUGAACGGCGAGCUCCUCCACCCUGACCACGGCAGGCCAGUACGAAUCAUCAUUCCUGGACAGAUUGGCGGACGCAGCGUCAAGUGGUUGAAGAAGAUCAUCGUCUCCAAGGAGCCAAGCGAUAACUGGUAUCACAUCUACGACAACCGCGUUCUUCCUACAAUGAUCUCGCCCGACGCCAGUGCCGAUCUGCCCGACACUUGGAAGGACGAGCGUUACGCCAUUUACGACCUCAACGCCAACAGCGCCACCUGCUACCCAGCCCAUGACGAAAGGGUCUCCCUUGUCGACGGCCCCGAGUCUUAUAAAGUCCGAGGCUACGCCUACGGUGGAGGUGGUCGCAGGAUCACUCGUGUGGAGGUUACGCUGGACAAGGGAAAAUCGUGGACCCUCGCCAACAUUAGCUACCCGGAAGACGAGUACCGACUUGCCCCCGACGGUGACAUGUUGUACGGUGGCCGUAUGGACAUGGCCUGGCGAGAAUCGAGCUUCUGCUGGUGCUUCUGGGAUCUGGACAUCCCAAUGUCUCAGAUUGCUGCCGCCGACGACGUCAUGGUCCGUUGCAUGGACGAAGGCAUGAUGGUUCAGCCCAGAGACAUGUACUGGAGCGUUCUCGGCAUGAUGAACAACCCCUGGUUCCGAGUAGUCAUUCACAAGGAGGGCCAUGAGUUGCGAUUUGAGCACCCUACACUGCCUGCACUCAUGGCUGGUGGCUGGAUGGAGCGCAUCAAAAAGGCCGGCGGCAACCUGUCCAACGGCUUCUGGGGAGAAAAGAUCGAGGGCGAAUCUGAGGAGACUGUGGCGGUCGAGCCUGUCCAGGAAAUCUGCAUGACAAAGGAAGGUGUCAAGCGCGCCAUUACGAUAGAGGAGCUUCGCCAGCACGCUGGCGAGGAGGCGCCAUGGUUUGUAGUGAAUGGAGAAGUGUAUGAUGGAACCGGCUACCUCGACGGCCAUCCAGGAGGCGCAGCAUCCAUUUUCGGCGCUGCCGGACAGGAUGCAUCGGAGGAGUUCCUGGCCAUUCACAGCGAAAACGCAAAGAAGAUGAUGCCUGAAUACCACAUUGGCACCCUCGACGAAGCCGGCCGCAAGGCACUUGCCUCUGGUGAAGAGCAAUCGGAGACGGACGCAAAGCGCGAAGUAUUCCUCCAGAAUAAGACGUGGACCAAGGCGAUCCUUUCGGCCAAGACGCCUGUCUCUUCGGACAGCAAGAUCUUCACCUUUGACCUCGAGCACCCCGAUCAGACUAUUGGCCUCCCCGUAGGCCAGCAUCUCAUGGUGCGACUUCGGGACCCGGCGACGAGAGAGGCUAUCAUCCGUGCAUACACCCCCAUGUCGCAGGGCACAGACAAGGGCAAGCUGGACGUUCUCAUCAAGAUCUACCGUGAUACGCCAGAGGCAAAAGGCGGACGCAUGACGCAGGCGCUCGACUCGAUCCCCAUUGGGCACUUUGUCGACUUCAAGGGACCAGUCGGCAAGUUUACGUAUCACGGAAGCGGUCUCUGCACGAUUUCCGGCAAACAGCGCACGGUCAAGCGGUUCAUCAUGGUCUGUGCCGGCUCCGGCAUCACGCCCAUCUACCAGGUUCUGCGAGCAGUCAUCCAGGACGAGGAGGAUCCUACCAAGUGCCUCGUGCUCGAUGGCAACAGGGUCGAGGAGGACAUCCUCUGCCGCAAGGAGCUUGACGCCAUGGCCCUGUUGGCGCCAGGCAGAUGCACGCUACGUCACACUCUCACCAGGGGAAGCGAUUCAUGGACGGGUCUUAGGGGCCGCAUGGACGCAGCCUUCUUCGAGAACGAACUGGGAGCGGGCGGCAGUGCCUGUGGGGAGGAGAUGGUUCUGAUCUGCGGGCCGGAGGCCUUUGAGAAGAGCGCCAAGACGAGUCUUCUGGGCCUCGGGUGGAAGGAGGACGAUUUGCUGUUCUUCUGA